AUGGAAUUCAUCAAAACGCCUUUGCUAUCUUUAUUCAUUGUUCUUGCUUUGUUAGCCAAAGUAACAUUUGAAGACAAAGUUGAUGAUGAUGAUGAGGGUUUAAAUCUAUAUUGCAUUAGUGAAUGUGCCACGUGUCCAACAAUAUGUUCACCGCCUCCAUCUCUUGCUACAUCAAAUUCAAACCAUAAUAAUAAUCCUACAACAUCCCCCUCAAAUAAUUCAAAUAAUAAUAAUAAUCCUUUACCACCACCAAUUCAAACAUCAAAUCCAAACCUUCCACCACCACCACCACCACUUUUAACAUCAUACCCACCACCACCACCUUCUCUAAUCAUAACAUCAAACCCUCCUCCACCACCACUUCUAACAUCAUUUCCUCCACCAACAAUUCCAAAAAUACCCUUUGCUCCACAUCAACCUUCUUUCAACUAUCCACCACCCUCGCAAUCGCAACCGUUGCCUCAGCCUCCUCCUUCUCCUUCUCCUCCUCCGCCGCCGCCGCCAAAGAACCCUUCUUCUCCUUCAUCAUCAGGCUCAUCAGGAGGACAACCUAAUGUAAUUUCUGGGCCACAUGACUACCCAUAUCCUUAUUACUAUUAUUAUUCCUCAAAUGCAGCAUAUUCUUCUCAUUAUUAUGUUCAUCAUGCCAUGAACUCACUCCUUCUGGUUUUGUUCCUUCUUUCAUUUCAUAUAUAG